GCGGGAGGCGGGCGCCGGGAGCUGCAGCGCUUCUGACUGAAAGGAACGGGAUCGCCCCCGGCUCGAGCGAGGCCGCUGGGGACGGGCCCUGCCGCGGCACGGGGCCUUCCCGCACGUAGCGUGGCCGCGGAAACGCCAGAGCUCCCUGGAAAAGAAUUAUCCCUCCCCCGCAGGGCUGGCGGGCCGUGCUGCCGCGUGGCGGAGCGGGGCACGGCUGGGAUCGCAGCGGGAGCAGCGCGGCCUUCCCGGGCCGCCCGUCCACACUGAUCCUCGCGCCGCGCUCCCGGGGACUCGCUUUCUUCCGCUGUCAGAUUGGUGGUGGGCGAGAUUGACUCUGGAUAACUCACACUCUUAGCCUCAAUUGGAAACAGAGCCAGGAGGAAUCCCUUGUUUUGCUGUCGCCGAGGACACCUGAUAUCCGAAAAAAAAUUAUGUUCAGGGGCAGAGCGUUUGGUCUGUUACAAUCUCUCCACUUGAUGGGUGGCCAGCCCCGUUUGCCUUGCAAAUUCGUUCAUCCAGCUCUUACUUCUCAUGUGCGUCAGUGUCAAAAGAGGAGGAAUGUGGAUUGCAGGCAGCGCUACAGCACAGGCCCGAGUAGUGCUGGAGGAAGAGCCUUACAUGUCCCUCAGACCAAGGUCAUGGCAGAACAGGAGUUGCCGGGUGUUUUGAUUCUGGAUAUAGGAGGAACUCAAGGGGUGCUGGCAAACCAUGUAGCGCUUCUGAAGAAACACUUCUGCCUUAUCACCAUGAAGGAAUUUCUUGCAAACAAAAAAGAAAUGAGCAAAAAAAUCCAGUCUGUUUUCGUGUUUGAGUGCAGGCCAACUAUUGACCGAGAGCUCUUGGAAAGCCUGCCUAAUUUAAAGGUAAUUGCCAACUCCGGGGUCGGAGUGGAUCACUUGGACGUGAAAAUGAUUUCUAGCUUUGGGGUAAAGGUGACCAACACCCCACAAGCCGUUGCUGACUCAACAGCAGACAUAGGAAUGGCCUUGAUGCUGGCGUCUGCCAGAAGACUGGUGGAAGGCUGCCAGAUUGCGAUUUCUCCAGACACGGAGCAUUUUGCUGUUGACUGGCUGGGAGUUGAAGUCACCGGGGCUACUCUGGGGAUCAUCGGAAUGGGCAGUAUUGGUUACAAAGUGGCUCAGAGGGCUAAAGCCUUUGAGAUGAAGAUUCUCUACCACAACAGGAACCGCAGAAAAAGGGAAGAGGAGCAGGCAGUUGGUGCACACUACUGUGAGAAGAUGGACGACUUGCUGCAGCAAUCUGACUUUGUUGUGCUGGUGGUCAACCUGUCCCCAGAGACUCACAAGCUGAUUGGGAAACGGGAGCUGGGGCUAAUGAAGCCCACGGCCACUCUGAUAAACAUCAGCCGAGGUGCAGUUAUUGAUCAAGAUGCAUUGGUAGAAGCUCUACAGAAGAAGGUUAUUAGGGCGGCUGCUCUGGAUGUGACAUACCCUGAGCCUCUUCCAAGAGACCAUCCUUUGUUAAAAUUAGAUAACAUUAUCAUAACCCCUCACAUUGGAACUGCAACAGUCCAGGCCAUCCAUAUGAUGGCAGAGGAAGCAAUAACAAAUAUGCUGGCUGUUCUCAAUGGUCAGCCCAUUCCCAGUGAAGUGGUCCCCAAGUGAUGUGCACCAGAUGACAUCCCGAAAUCUCUUGUCUGUGAAAAACACUAUUUUCUACAGUACCUCUGUUCCUGCACUGCUUUUGUUGUCCUGAUAUUGCAAAGCUGUUGGCCCACUGAGCUUAACCUGUAUUGCCAUUUCCA